AUGUUAUCUCGUCCUGCUCUUCGUACUGCUGCUCGUGCUGCCGUUGCAGCAUCCAGAACUUUAAGAGUUACCCGUCCUACUGCUGUCCGUUUUGCUUCUGCUAAGGCCACCCCAACUGAAGUUUCUACUAUCUUAGAAGAAAGAAUCAGAGGUGUCUCUGAUGAAGCUAACUUGAACGAAACUGGUAGAGUUUUAUCCGUCGGUGAUGGUAUUGCUCGUGUUUUCGGUUUAAACAACAUUCAAGCUGAAGAAUUAGUCGAAUUCUCCUCUGGUGUUAAAGGUAUGGCUUUGAACUUGGAAGCAGGUCAAGUCGGUAUUGUCUUGUUCGGUUCUGAUAGAUUAGUCAAGGAAGGUGAAACCGUCAAGAGAACCGGUAAGAUUGUUGAUGUCCCAACUGGUCCAGAAUUAUUAGGAAGAGUCGUUGAUGGUUUAGGUAACCCAAUUGAUGGUAAGGGACCAUUAAACAACUCCUCUUCUUCAAGAGCUCAAGUUAAGGCCCCAGGUAUCUUACCAAGAACCUCCGUCUGUGAACCAAUGCAAACUGGUUUAAAGUCUGUUGAUGCUUUAGUCCCAAUUGGUAGAGGUCAAAGAGAAUUGAUCAUUGGUGAUCGUCAAACCGGUAAGACUGCUGUCGCCUUAGACACCAUUUUAAACCAAAAGAGAUGGAACAACGGCUCAGAUGAAUCUAAGAAGUUGUACUGUGUUUACGUUGCCGUUGGUCAAAAGAGAUCCACCGUUGCUCAAUUAGUUCAAACUUUAGAACAAAACGAUGCUUUGAAAUAUUCCAUCAUUGUUGCUGCUACUGCCUCAGAAGCCGCUCCAUUACAAUACUUGGCUCCUUUCACUGCUUGUGCCAUUGGUGAAUGGUUCAGAGACAAUGGUAAGCACGCUUUAAUCAUCUACGAUGAUUUAUCCAAGCAAGCUGUUGCCUACCGUCAAUUAUCCUUGUUAUUAAGAAGACCACCAGGAAGAGAAGCUUACCCAGGUGAUGUUUUCUACUUACAUUCCAGAUUAUUGGAAAGAGCUGCCAAGAUGUCCGAUAAGUUAGGUGGUGGUUCUUUAACUGCUUUACCAGUUAUUGAAACCCAAGGUGGUGAUGUUUCCGCUUAUAUUCCAACUAACGUUAUUUCCAUUACUGAUGGUCAAAUUUUCUUGGAAGCUGAAUUAUUCUACAAGGGUAUUAGACCAGCUAUUAAUGUUGGUUUAUCCGUUUCCAGAGUUGGUUCCGCUGCUCAAGUUAAGGCCAUGAAGCAAGUUGCUGGUUCUUUGAAAUUGUACUUGGCUCAAUACAGAGAAGUCGCUGCCUUUGCUCAAUUCGGUUCUGAUUUAGAUGCUUCCACCAAGCAAACUUUAGCCAGAGGUGAAAGAUUAACUCAAUUAUUAAAACAAAAGCAAUACGCACCAUUAGCUGCUGAAGAACAGGUUCCAUUAAUUUACGCUGGUGUUAACGGUCACUUAGAUAACGUUGCCAUUGACAGAAUUGGUGAAUUUGAAGAAGCUUUCGCUUCUCACUUAAAGUCUAACGACUCCGAUAUCUUAGAUGCCAUCAAGACCAAGGGUGAAUUAUCUAAAGAAUUAUUAGAGAAGUUGAAGUCUACCACUGAAUCUUUCGUUGCUUCUUUCUAA